AUGGCCAUCAACACAUUGGAGUCCAAUGCGCUCUUCCUCUCACACGAAAUGUUUGGUAAUUCUCAGUUUGGUACAAAAAUGGGAUGUUUCAGGGAUUCCUUUGGGUUUUUAGUGUUGAUUUCCCAGAUUCUGAAAAUACUACCAAAACCAUGUAUGGGACAACAAUAUUCCAAUCAUAUCCAGAUAUGGGGUUUUUAUGUCCCAGUAAUAACCCUGUCGUGGGGUAUUAAUGUCCCAUUUAUUACCCUGUCACGGGGUUUUUAUGUCCCAAUAAUCACCCUGAUGUGGGGUAUUUAAGUCCCAUUUAUUCUCCUGACAUGGGUUUUUUUGUCUCAGUAAAUUCCCGAAAAUGGGUUUUUUGUCCCAGCAUUUACCCUGACGUGGGUUUUUUACAUCCCAGUAUUUACCCUGUCAUGGGGUUCUUAUUUCCCAGUAAUAAAGCUGACAAGGGGUUUUUAUGACCCAAUAAUUAUACUGACAUAGGGUUUUUAUGUCCCACAAAUUACUCUAACAUAUUUUGUUAGGACAAUGACAUAGUUCUAGCUUUCAACAGACUGAAGAACCUUUAGAUCUUUCCAAUCCCUCUAAACCCAUGCCCAUAUAAGAAUCGAACAACAAAAUGAAUGGUCAGUCAAAUAAUCAUCACAGUCGGAAUUUUCAACAAUAACUUUUAUUAAAAACUCAAGUCUGAAAAUGUUGAGAAGUGUCUAAGUUGGUAUCAGAACAAGGGGAUAAGUUAACUUUCAAUUCUUCUAAAUGAUCUUAGUGAUAAUCUCAUAAUCUACACGUAUAUAAUUAGUUCUUUAUUGAAAACUGAAAGACUAGCGGCUGCAGAGUUAAAUGACAGCUCAAGAGAUUGUUUUGGUCCUUGAUUUAGUCCAGUUUUAACUGUUAUCUUGCAGUGGCCUUCAUAAAUAGCAUAGUAAUUAUAAUCAACAACAUGGUUUGUUUUAAAGAAUUAACAGCAGUUGUUUGUGUUACUUCCUAGCUUUCUUGUAUUAUUAAAGGAACAAUAAUAUUCUACUAGUUUCUUUUGCAGAUCUACAGAAGAUGUCUGUUAUCAUGGUGUCAAGAAAACUAUACUGACAACCAAGGAUUUUUCUCCAAAAAUGGACCUCAAAUCUAAGCAAAAGCAAUAAAGACCAACAAAGUCGUGAGCUGAACACAAACCAACAGCUCUUUUCAUACUCCAACUGUGAUGUAUCAGAAUCAAAUAUUUUUUUAAUUUAGUAAUACUUCCAAUGUUUAUGAAAGAAAACAAAGAGCAAAAUAUUAAGGCAUUGAAAACUGUUAAAUAGGUAAUAACAAUAAUUAUUAUUACUUCUAUUAAAAAUAAUCAAUUUACAUCUGGGCUAGCCUGCGUUGCAGAAGUUGGAAAUGGAAGGGGAAGGGAAUUAGGACGUGAGACCAUGCGCGAGGGAGGGGAGAAGAGGGGAACACCUGCAAGGAAGCCAUUGUUUUCGCCAUCCCGCCUACUAAUUAAAAAAAAAAACAAAAAUAAUGCAACUGUGAAUGAGUAGCUGUCAAAUAAGUCUAGCCGCAAUGCAUGUAUUCUAGUCAUAUUUCUCGCACUGUUUUUCUUUUGUUUUCCUAAAACAAGAUAUAUAAAGUAAAGGUUGUCCAUUGAAGGAAUCUUUCUUGAAAGUUGCAACGAUGUGUGUCGAGUUACAUAAAAUCCAGCAUAAAUCUAUUCAACUUGUUGCUGAAGGAAUCGGGCUGGAAAACUAUUUAAUAAGAAAUGUAGCGGCUCUUUGCAACUUUCAAUGCAAUGUUUGUCUAAAAAAAAAUAAAACACUUUGCCGUCACACACUCUCUGAAUUUCUAUCAAGACGAAUUGGAUCCAGCGGAGCACAAAAAGAACGCUGGUGGCGGGGAAAGAAGAGCUGAACUUCAAAGAUCUGCAAGAAGGCAACAAGUUAUUAUUAAAGUAAGUUCCUGGCAGUUUUAUAACCAGCAAGAAGAAGUCCUCAACGAAAAAUUGCCAAAUGUUAUAGAUCACUUCGUCUUCAAUUAUCUUGCCGUUGAUAAUGCGGGUCAAACAGCAGAUAACAAGCACACAGGCAACAUGAUUUUUCCUUUCUUUCCUCUGGCGAGUAAAACAAACAAGCCGUUGGGAGAUGAUACUUUUCAGAACCAGUCAGUAAAACUCAUCUGCUGA